GGCCCGGAGACGCUGAGGCGAUCCGGGACCCUGGGGAAUCCGCGUCCAUCCGACCCGGAGCGGCGCCGCCCGCUCGCCUCACUGGUUUCGAGCGGCGGGACCGGGGGCUGCGAUGGUCACAGGAGUUGCCGGGCUCUGAACUGGCAUCCGUGAAGCCGACUUGGGCGGGCAGAGCAGCCGAACUGGGCCGCUGCCAUGGAGCUGAGAGUCGGGAACCGAUACCGGCUGGGCCGGAAGAUCGGGAGCGGCUCUUUCGGGGAUAUUUACCUAGAUUUCUUCAAAGGAUCAGAUUUGAACUCCUAGGAACCGACAUUGCUGCCGGUGAGGAGGUUGCCAUCAAAUUGGAAUGUGUGAAAACCAAACAUCCUCAGCUCCACAUAGAGAGUAAAAUCUACAAAAUGAUGCAGGGAGGAGUGGGUAUUCCCACAAUUAAAUGGUGUGGAGCUGAAGGAGACUAUAAUGUAAUGGUGAUGGAGUUGUUGGGACCAAGCCUUGAAGAUCUAUUCAAUUUUUGUUCAAGGAAAUUCAGUCUGAAGACAGUCCUGUUGCUUGCUGACCAAAUGAUUAGUCGGAUUGAAUAUAUACACUCUAAGAACUUCAUCCACCGAGAUGUAAAACCUGAUAACUUCCUGAUGGGUCUGGGAAAGAAAGGCAAUCUGGUCUACAUCAUAGACUUUGGGUUAGCCAAGAAGUAUCGGGAUGCUCGAACUCACCAGCACAUUCCAUAUCGUGAAAAUAAAAACUUAACAGGAACUGCCCGUUAUGCAUCUAUAAACACUCAUCUUGGAAUUGAGCAGUCUCGCAGAGACGACUUGGAGUCCUUGGGCUAUGUACUGAUGUAUUUUAACCUGGGCUCCCUACCCUGGCAGGGACUGAAGGCAGCAACAAAAAGACAGAAAUAUGAACGUAUCAGCGAAAAGAAAAUGUCUACACCCAUUGAGGUUUUGUGCAAAGGAUAUCCUUCCGAGUUUGCUACAUACCUGAAUUUCUGCCGCUCUUUGCGUUUUGAUGACAAACCAGACUAUUCUUAUCUAAGACAGUUAUUCAGAAACCUGUUCCACCGGCAAGGCUUCUCCUAUGACUAUGUAUUUGACUGGAACAUGCUCAAAUUUGGUGCAAGCAGAGCCGCUGAAGAUGCUGAACGUGAAAGGAGAGAACGAGAGGAAAGAUUGAGACAUACACGAAAUCCUGCAGUACGUGGUUUACCCUCCACUGCCUCUGGGAGGCUGAGGGGAACGCAAGACGUAGCUCCUCCUCCUCCCCUUACUCCAACUUCACAUACUGCUAACGCCUCUCCUCGGCCAGUGUCUGGAAUGGAGCGAGAACGGAAAGUGAGUAUGAGAUUGCAUCGUGGUGCCCCUGUCAAUAUCUCUUCGUCUGAUUUAACAGGCCGCCAAGAUACUUCUCGCAUGUCAACUUCACAGAUUCCUGCUCGUGUGACUACCAGUGUUCUCCAGUCUGCUGUGCACCGAUGAAAAUAAUUUUGCCAUAGAGGGCAGAUACUGCAUGGCUGAUCGCCUAUGUUACCAAUGGCUUUACUAGCAAAAAUACCCCAACCUAGAGCAGAAACAUUACAACUGGAGCUCUCCAUGCCACUUACAAAGAGAUACUUGCAGGAACAUGGACAGACUCCAACAGGUGCCAUUAAAAGAGGCUCUUACAAGAAACCCAAUGACCUUAAGUGAACUCUGUAGUAACAGGGCUGGAAAAGGAAGAGAUGGUUUACAGAGUUAACCGCCUGUUGUUGAAUAGCCAUUUCAGUUCUCCCUCCACAGGUGGCAGACUUUACCCCUUUUUAUUAUUCUACUGUAACUAUAAAUCUUUUACCUGGUUGGUUUAAGAAAAUUUUAUAUCAUUUUGCUAAGAUGAUUGGCUUAAUUCUGUGUAAAGAAUUCUGUCUUGCUUUUGUCUGAUUUAAAAAUGUCAAAUAUGAACAAUCCUGAAUUAAAGACAAUGACUUGAAAUUUCUUGUAAAAUUUAGUCUGGCAGGGAAUAUGUAAAUUAAUUAAAACCAUCUGAUUUUAUUUAAACUGUUUACUUUUUUUUGUAUGGUCCCAUUUGGGAUGUGGGGUGGGGGAGUUCUCCUGAAAUUUUUUUAAUAUGCAUUAGUUUUAUUACUUUGCUUCUUCCACAUUUUAAAUGGAACUCUCCAUGAAACACAGAAACAUUUUUGAAUUUUUACUCUUCUCUAAUACAGUCAGAGAAAACAAAAGAUACUGGACAGAAGUGUCUGGGCUCUUUAGAGAUGGUGAUAUUGAUAGAUAACUUAUUCCUAAAGAAUGUGAAGAAUAAAGAGGGAGAAGGGCUCUGAUAUUUGAGGAAUUUGUUGGAGUUUAGAGAUGGUAAGCAUGGCAUGUGUUUCUCCUUCAUUUGAGAAGGAGGAUUGUGUAUAAAACACUCUUCCUUGGUAAGAUCUAGUUUUCUACAUUGUGAGAUUGGCUGGUUUGAAGACAGUUGCAAGUGGAACAAGAAUUACUGCCAUUGCAGACUGAGUGAAUUUGUGUACAUUUGCUUCAGCAUCCACAUACAUAAAAACGAGUAAUUCUGGUCUGCUGUGUAUUACCAAGACUCAAAAAGGAAUUAUAAACAAAAUAUUCCUGCUGUGAAAUCCUGAGAACUGAUUCUCAGGCGUGAAUUACAUUCGUGAUAUAAUACAAGUUGUAUAUUUCUGGGAUUGCUAUUCUUUACCUGGAGUUAAAUGACUUGUUCAUAUGCCUCGAAUGUCCAAAAUAAAAAGUGCUCUUGGCAGAUGUCCCUAUUAAGGAAUAUGGAAGGAUCUUUACAUUGUUUCUAACUUAAAACAUUUUCAUAAAGUAAUGCUAAAUAUUUUAUCCUUGCAGGAACUAGAAAAGUAGAAUUAUUAGUCAUAUUCAAGCAAAGUAAUGUCAAUUUCCCUCUUGAAAAUGAAAGUGCAAUACAUAAGUGUUAUUAGAAAGAUUCCAUCCUAUUUGGAAACAUAGGCUAAAAACAAAUCCAUUAAUGUUUUCCUUGUGCCUCAAACUUUGUUACGAUAGUUUUUAUUGUUCCAGAGUUUUGCAAAUUCCUUUUCUAUCCAAAAUCCACGGACUAAAUCUGUCAGUCAUUUUUCUUGAGAUAUUUCAGAAUGCUAACUAAUUGCUUGUGCUUGCUCUAGAUCUCAUUGGGGGAAACCUGUGUUUUGGGGGAGUGCAAUGGAAAGGUUUAAAAGUUUGGUCCAUGGAUAAUUUUGCAUAACAGAAUCCCUUACUCAGUUACUGUAGAUUUCAGGACUUAAGGCAUGUGCACUACCAUUUGUACAGUUCUACAUUUCACUGUGCUUUCUUUGUAAAUAUGUGUGGUUAAUGAUGUAACGUUAGAGAGACUUACAAAGGCAGCCUUUUUUUCCUUCCUCUGUAUCCAGAACCUUAAAUUGCUGUACUGUACUUAAAAGCUGACUGAUGCAAAUUUCUAGAAUUGUACUUGGUUGUGGGCUGUUCUUGCCCUUUCACAAUAGUUGUAUCCCAUCACCUGUAAAAAUUAGUUAGAAUGUCUGUAUAAACCUGUGUAUUGGUAACCAAUAUCUCGGAACACCUCAUUUGUACUAUCACUGUAUUUGUGUACUUUACCAAUUGUGUAAAUAAUAAAUUCAUAAUGACUUCUAC